UCGAACAUCCUGUUUGCACUGAAGUUGUCUCUCUUCUUCCCCCUCUCUUCUCUUUUCCUCUGGUUGCAGAGUUGCUGCGAUAGCACCAAGAUGGAAGGCUCCAAGGAAAGAAUCGUCCUGAAUAUCGGGGGAGUGAGAUAUGAGACGUACAGCAGCACCCUCCAGACCUUCCCAGGGACCAAGCUGUGCAAUCUAACAGAGCCCCACGCCCCAAGCAUCUACGACUAUGACCCCACCACCAAAGAGUUCUUUUUUGAUCGGAGCGCUGAGAUCUUCGGCUACGUGCUGAAUUAUUAUAGGACCAAACAUUUCCACUGCCCCAUUGACAUCUGUAGGUCAGUCUUAGAAGAAGAGCUGGCUUUCUGGGAAAUCAAUGAGACACAGCUAGCGCCCUGCUGCUGGCUGAAGCUGAAUAGCAAAGAGGUGCAGCCAGAGGACUUUAACGUUUGGGAUGAAAAUGAACAGACUGAUGACCAGUGCCUCAUAGUCCAGGCAGAAAGAAGGGAUUUCAGCUGGCGAACCAGGUGGCAGCCAAAGAUUUGGGCUAUAUUUGAAAAACCCUUUUCCUCUUUCAGUGCUAAGUGCUUGGCUUUUGUUUCUCUGCUGUUCAUCGUUGGAAUUGUCAUCAUAUUCUGUGAGGAGACCAAGGCACAAUUUGAGUACUUUACUGCUAACUUCACCUCUGUUGGCUAUUCUGAGGUCUCCCACAACGACCAUGGACCCUAUUACCACCAGGCUGCCUACUUGCUUCAUCUGGAGCUUUUCUGUGUCCUCUGGUUUACUUUUGAGUUCUCUGUGCGAUUUUGUGUCUGCCCAGACAAGAAGUUGUUCUUCCAAAAUCCCCUGAACGUGGUUGACUUCCUCUCCCUCUUCCCAGUUUAUAUCGAACUCUUUGUGGCUGGGCAGAUUCAGGGAAUGCCAAGCCUGGGGCUUUGGUUGGGCUUUGUUCGCAUUGUCUAUCUCCUCAAACUCCUGAAGAUCUCCAAGCUGAUAGAAACGCCACUGAUCCUCAGGGUUCUGUGCUACACCUUCAAGUCUAUCCUCAGAGAGAUCUGCAUCCUGCUGAUGAUUUUGGCCUUUGAGACCCUCUUCUUUGGCUCUCUCUUUUUCUAUGGGGAGUUGCUGGGUAGCCAUCCCUCCUACAGAGGGGAGCUGUACUUCACUGACAUUCUCAUUUGCUUCUGGUGGGCUUUGAUCACACUCACUACGGUGGGCUAUGGAGAUAUUAUCCCUCUCACCACAGCUGGCCAAGUGAUGGCAGCCUUAGCUGCAGUAUUUGGCAUGUUAACUAUUAUCAUCCCAAUACCCAUUUUCCUGGUGAAAUUUAAAAGCUAUUAUGACAUUGCUAUCUUCAAACAGAGGCUGAAAAGGAGCAAGAAGCUCUAACAUUUCCCAGCCUCUGUUUCCCUUUGCCUUUAGCCAUAAACCUUCAGGAUGGUUUAUUCCCUUUGGUGGGAAGGGAAUGCAAAUAGUUCUUAUUGCAUUUACUUGCUGCCUUAGCACAGAUCGAACCAUUGGUGGGGCCUCAAGUUGCAGUACUUGAUCCAUGGAUGAUCAGACCUGUCAAAUCCCAUGGGUCUUUCCCAUACUGUACUUCCUCCCAUGCUUUUUUAUAUGCAGCAGUUUCUUAUCCAGCCAUUUGCAGACAGGCUGGGGUGCUCCUUUAUGGCCUGAAAGUGCACCACGUAGCCCAGUUCCAUCACCUGGGGCCCCUGCAUAUACCCUCAGCUGGUCUACAAGCCAUGAUGCUAGUUGUGCCCUCCAUCGCCUGACAGACCAUAAUCUCAUUUUUCAUGCUGGGCAAGAAGAUUUGUGCACGGUCCUGCUCUGACAGUGAGGAGAAAGCAUGGGGUUUUUGAUUGCUUUGUUUUUUUUAAACAAUGUUUUCUUUCUGAAAUCACUGAGUAUCCAUAGUCCUGGGAACCAGCACCGUUUGAUAACCCACCCUGUGGGCUCACAGGAAUUGCCGUGGCAUUCGGGUAGCAGCAAGGGAGCCCUCCGACAGCAAAUCCUUUUCUGGCUCUGCUGAAGUCAGUGGCAACUUUUCCUUGACCAAAAUGCCAUUGGGCUCUUCCAGUGGAUCAACACGUUUCAACAGUCCUUGAUUUUUGUGUAACCAAGUCACUGAGCUGUUAAACAAAAUAUCUGUUGUGGUUUUUGCUGUUGGAAAGGAAGAAUGUAACCUAAAAUGCUCAAUAUAAUUUUAAUGUCAUUUACUUUCUUAAGGCAUAGAUAUUAACUAGGAAUAUUUGUCUUUUAACUGGAUAGCCUUAAUUGUUACCUGUGUUUAAUUUUGAAAUAACAAAUAUUGUUGAGGUACGAAAAUAAAACACAUCUCAUUGUUUAUAUAGCAGAA